AUGAGGCCAGAGACCAAACAUGAUCCGUCGCAAAAGAUGGUUAUGUACCUGGGCUUAUUUGCCUCGUCCUCGUGCUGCAUUCUGGGGUACCCCUGUUCGAACGCAGCCUCCGUGACCUUCGCCUUCAGAGCGACGUGCGUGGGCUAUUUUACUUGCAACCUGGCGGGCUUCCUGCUGCAGAAGUGUGAACUGAGCCGCUGCAUCCUCCGGAUUGGUCUGGUGAUCAACUCGUUGUCUUCCUGGCUCGUGUCUGCUCAUUGGUGCUUGGGCUUCGGCGAGUGGUGCAUCUUGAUGCUAUGCGAACACGCCUUCAUGAUGUUCGGAGGCAUGGUGCUUGUGGAAAGCCUUGUGCACCUGCACUUGCUGUUCACAUUUACUGGAUCCUGGGUGUGCUACCUGAUGCGGCGAGAGUCGUCAGUGAUGGGUGUUGAGGCCGACCGGGUCUGGGCUGCUGCCACAAUCACUGUCGUGAUUGUCCUCGUUAGCGGGAUCUUGUACUCUGGCCACCGGAGUAUCGCUUUCCUGCGACAGAAACUUUCCUUAAUAUCGUCCAUCGUGACCAUGUCGGAACAGGAGCUUCCAAGCUCGGCUUCCUUCAGGACACUCCCGGGAUCGAAGUUCGCCAGUUCGUCGUCAUCGCGGAGUGAAGUCUUUGGUGGCCCUCGCGCGAACUUCGUUGAAGGGCUGAAGCUGUUGGAUUGCAUCGGGAAAGGAUCCUUUGGCCAGGUCUAUUCCGCCAACUACAAGAGCCAGGCAGCUGCCGUGAAGAUCAUGGCGUGGGAAGGGGAGCAGCUGAAGAGAAUCGACCCUGUCAAGGAGGCCAAGCUGUGCAUGAGCAUGGUGCAUCCGAACCUCGUCCAGGCCUUCGAUUUCUUCAUGCGCGACUGCGAGAGUGAGCUGCCUGGCAAGAGCACAAGGAAGGAGAUCUGGAUCGUCCAGGAGUGGUGCGACCGCGGGACGCUCAAUGGCUACUGCGAUGUCCCGCGCACUUCUGGGUUGGGCCUGAGGCAGGCGAAGAAUAUCCUGUGCGAGAUCAGCACGGGUUGUCAAUACCUGCACUCCAAGGACAUUAUCCAUGGAGAUCUCACAUCCAACAACGUGCUGCUCAAGUCGAGAGACAGCACAGGCCCACUGGAGCUGGACUUUGUAUGCAAGGUUUGUGACUUUGGGCUUGCAAGAGUCCUGGAGGAAGGUGUCUCCACGCUGCUAACCUCUCAACUUGGCACGGUCUCACAUAUGCCGCCUGAGCUGCUUCGGCUGGAACACAAGAGGUUGACAAAGAAGGCGGACAUCUACGCUCUGGGCAUACUACUUUAUCAAGUCCUGCUUGGACGACUGCCCUUUGCGGAAAUGGUAGCGACGCAGAUCAUCAUCUUCAUCGCUUCUGGCAAGAGGUUGCAACUUGAUGAGACAGUUCCCGAAGUUGUUCGGCAGAUAUUCAUGGGUUGUACUGCGGUAGAGCCUGAACAGAGACCGGCCGCCGAAGAGUUAGUCCAGUAUUUUUCUCGCCACGACCCGCUGUCGGAUGGAUGCCACCCCAAAGGUCGCUGUGAAGACUUGAUUAAGAACCUCUGCCAGAAAGAUCCAGUUGAGAGGCUGCCAAUGAGGAGUGGGGGGAUCGCCAACAUCAAGAAGCACAUGUGGUACGAGGGCUUUGACUGGCAGAGCUUCGAAGCGCUCACGAUGGAGACGCCCUACAAGCCUGAAGUCAAGAGUAAGAAAGACCUCGCCAACUUCUCUGCUCGUGAUGCUGAUCGCCCGCCGCAGGUGAAGUACAAUAAGGAGAAGGAUGGAAGUGGCUGGGACUCGACGUUUGCCACAUCCGAGUGA